CUCACUCCCUCACACUCACACCCUUCGUUUCAUUCACAAAGUCAUAACCCCUCCUCCUCCAAAUCUCUUUUUCCAGACUAGACAUCCAUGGAGAUCGAGAAUAAAUCUCAGACCCAGAUACCCAAACCCACAUUGAAGAGAAAGCAAAGAAAAACCCACAUGGGCAGUAAUGCACUGCAUGAAUCCCACGCAGCAGCAAGAUCAAGCAGCAGCAGAAGAAUCAAAGCAAGAAGAGACAGUCAGUGCAUGAAGACUAGUACUACUACUUCUCAGAAAAACCCAAAAGAUGUAAAGGCUCAUGGUGGUGAGGAGGAAGCUGCUGAUGAUAGGGAGGAGGUAGAGAGGAAGAUAGAGGCAUUGCAGAGGAUUGUACCCGGAGGUGAGUCACUUGGUGUGGACAAGCUAUUUGAAGAGACUGCUGGGUACAUUAUGACCUUGCAGGUUCAGCUCAAAGCCAUGAAAGCCCUUGCAACCUUUUUUGAGGGUUUGGAGAAGGAGAAGAAAAAGUUUGGAGCUUGAGUAAGGAGGGAGGGAGGUUCUUAAUUGGUUUCAUGAGAGACCAACGAAUCAAUCUUUUUUCUUCUUCAAUUUUUAAUUUUUCUUCGUUGGGUAAGUAGUGGGUUAAUGGGUACCUUCUUCUUCUUCUUCUCUUUCUACUCUCAUAAUGUUUUUUUUUUUUUUUUGAUAUAUGUAAUGAGCUAAUGAAUAGGAAAUUAAAGAUGGAGGUUCUCUGCUAGCUAGUACUAAAGAAAUUAAUGUAAUCACUACCUUUUGAUGUUAUGGUGUAGGGAGUUAAGACUGUUGGGAUUUUGGAUGAAUGAGCUGCAUAAUAUGUUCAUCACAUAAUUAUGCGCCUUUUCAAAUUUUCUGGUCAAGAAAAGGACCCUGUCUCAGAAAUGAUCUGAUUGAUUAUCUCAAGGCCUAUGGAGCUGUGAUUAGACAAUGAUAAUCUCUUCUUUGUAUUUGGCAGUCUUAGGUUGCAUGCAUUUUUGGUGUCUCCAAGUGUGAUUACAUGUGUCUUAUUUGGUGG